GUAAAUGAGUAGCGCAAAACAAAUCAAGGCUGUCUGCAGUCCUCUUCAAGUAUUUCUAUGUCAAUGCAGGUGACGAAAAUUGUUUCAAAACAUCGACCAAGGUAUAGACAAGCACGCAUUGUCUUUCCAUUGCUUCUUCCAGUGUUAUUUGGUAUCGCAUCACUACAUCCAAUUGCUACUGUGCUUACUCUUCUUUUAUGUUUGGUCGUAUGUUUCAAUGUCGUUAUUGUAGUCGCUCCACCCACCUGUCCCUUAGAAGAUACAUUCCUUUUCUACAGAUCGUCUGAUAGCUAUGACGGGUUUCUAAGUGAUACCAAUGUGAUUUACAAAUGUUCAGUUACUACUCUUUUGUUAUGGUAUUUCACAAUGCUUAUACCUGUAAAUUUGGAGAAUAAGCUACUCUAUAGAGAAAUAAUAAUGUACAAUAUUCUCGUUGUGGUUUGCUUACAUCUUGUGCAAAUUAUACGAAAUAUACAUACACGCAGUCUUCAUCAUACAAUCCUGUCAAAUUCCCGAUAUCUUGGAAAUAAACCAGAGAAAAAUGGAAGUAAGCUCACUGUAUUUGGGUUAUGGAAACACACUGUAUGUAUAUUUCGUGAUACUAAUAAACAAAAUUUCGAAGGAGAUUGGUAUUUUUCGUGUAUGAAUAUAUUUGUCAGCAAGUCUAAUCGUGCUUGGUCCAUCGUUUUACUGACUGUUUGUGUUACGCUCACUUUCUACUCUACUAAUUUAGCCCUCACAUCUGUGUGCACACCAAAAAUAUACUUCGAUUGGUUUUUACUUCCACAUGAUUGCACCUUCAUCUAUGAUGUUUAUAGCAGAGCCUGGGUAUUUGUAACAGCAUUAUUUUGGUUAAUGACAUCUGUUAUACCUAUAAGUUUUCUUUUCCAUGAACUUGCUGUCUAUAUACGGCGCCGUUCAAAAAACUGGUAGAAUUUCUUAACCAUUUAGUUAAUUAACUUCUUAUGCUUUGAAUUAUUGCCCAAAGUUUUGUAACUGAAGUUCUGUGAUAUCAAUUUUUUUUUCCAUAGUGAUUACCACAAAUUCCACAUAGUGGCCUAUAUAUAUAAUGAAUACGAUACCAAUGUGUUUUUUGAGUUUCACGUCCAGCGGUUAAAAUGUUGAAAAUGCUUAGUAGUUGUUUAAUGAAUUUGUGAGUUAUUGUUUAGCAAUAGACAGUAUACUUGGGGAGUAUAUGUCUACUCCUAAAGCCCUUAGAUCCUUAAAAUACUAUACAUCCACCUUCGAAGUUAUCAGUGAAAUUAUUUCAAUAAAGCACUUUUUAGAGGGAUAUGAUAUUUAAGAUUAACCCAACAUUUAUUUUCUUUAUAGAUCUCGUACUUAUUAAUUCGCUUUCGAAUCCUUUAAGUCUUUCUGCCAAGUAUGUGGAAGAAGUAAACUUGAACGACUUGAAAAUACAAGCGCACGUUAAUUUCAUUGUCACUGGUUUGGCGUCACAUCCAUCAAUAAAACUGGUACUUGACAAAAAUGCAAAGUUGCAUUUGAAUAAAUCCAGAUUCUCCACAUGCUAAGAUGAGUAGUAAGUCAAAAUACAUUAUACGAAAAAUAUAUGGAUGUUCAACCAAAGUGCCUUCAAACUGCUUUGUUGAGUAGUUAACUGGGAACCUCACCAUCGAUAUCUAUUACUUUCCCAUAUUCUCGCUGAAGGAGAUUCUGUCCAGAAUAAUUAACUAUGUUCU